UCUUACAUUCAUUCUUCAUUCUUUUUCAUUCUUUCUCGUCAUUUGCGUCCUUCCAUUUCGUCUGCUCCAUUUCUGUCUUUUCUUCCACAUUUCACUCCACAAACAUGCCUGUGCGAAAGAUUUAUUGGUUGGCAGCUGCGAUCUUCGUCCUGCUAAUCGUAGCCACGCGCCAUAAGGAAACACUUUCGUCUUAUUAUCCACAAGCCGAGGAUAAGGAUGAUCGGGAUGUAUAUAGACCUCCAUAUGGUGGAUAUAAACCUCCACCAAUAAUAGAAAAGCAGCAGGAUCUGCAACAACAACAACAACAACAACAACAACAACAGCGGCAGCAGCAGCAGCAGCAACUGCAACCACAGCCACAACCGCCUAACACGUCCAAAAAGUACGAUACCCUGAUUGUGAUUCCAUCGAGCUGGACUCAGAUGCAGAACCGUCGAUGGGUACGUGAGACUGUGUUUGGGAUUCAUAAUAAUUUGGAGCCUUGUAAGAAAUACGAUGGCAGGAUCAUCUACAAGUUUUAUAUCCAUGGUCGUACCACUUGGCUCAAGUCUGGUAUUCACAGCGCCCAAUUCAUGCAAGGUCAAGUCCGGAAUCUCUAUAGUGAAUUUAUGGAAUAUAACGACUGGUAUUUUACCAAUAAAACUGUAACAAAUCGACAUACGAUCUGGGGCGAUGCACUGGACUGGGCUGUCAAUACAUUUAUUCCAAAUGAAGAGAUCAAGAUUGAUAAGGUCUUAAUCUUUGAUUCAACCACGGUCGUCAAUCUACCAAAGAUGGAAGAGGCUAUUACCAAACAGUCUGCAGGGCCUAAUGGAUUCAUUCACAUUUGGGGAGAAAAGACAACGCAAUUUGCAGCCUCGGUUUCGUUCCAGGUGGCGGAGCUGCUACUGAAGAACCGCAAUGCAAUCAAAGAGGAUCACAACCUGGCUGAUUUAUUCACAGCGGCUACCCUAUACUACACUAACCCGCCGCCUGCUUUCAAAGUCACCAAGGAUGAAGGUUUACUUUGGGAGAGUGACAUUAGACAGAUCUCUGCAACAACCACUGUGGUGGGACAAGUAUUCCAGCAGGAAGACUGGGCUCCACUUGCAGCCAAGCUAAUGAUCCAGCCUACUUUACCUUGCGCUGUUGAUCAGGAUCGCAAGAAGAGUAUUGCAGUGUUGACCUCGUCGUACAUUUAUGCGGACAUGUGCAUGGCCGAAGCAUCCCUUCCCUCUGCAAUGAAUAAGCGAACGUAUGCAGCUAAGCAUGGCUAUGAUUUUGUUGCUCGUGCUGCUGAGUUUGCACAGGAGGAAUUCAGACAUCGGCGUCUGGUAUGGGGCAAGAUUGGAGCAAUUCAAAAGACACUACCUCAUUACGAAUGGCUUCUUUGGAUGGAUAUGGACGCUGUUGUCGCCAACAUGGAUAAGGAUGUGCGUGAGAUUAUCCAACUUGCAGAGGAGCGAAGCCUGAAGGAGGGUAAAGGCAAAGACAUCGGGCUGAUUGUUUCAAGGCCGCUCAAAGAUAAAAUGAUCAACGCUGGCGUGAUGUUGAUCAAGAACACGGAGUGGAGCCAUCGAUUCUGGAGUGAGGUUCAGAGGCGUAAGGAUUGGUACAACAGAUCACCGAGCUAUGAGCAAGGAGCGAUCUGGGAGACGAUGCAGGAGCCGGAGUGGGCAUCUGGGGUUUAUCUCUUUGACCGUGAUGAUCAUACUAUGAACACAUUUCCAAAGUAUUAUGAGGAGGGUGAUUUUAUUAUUCACUUUGCACCCGAUGGUUGCCCUGCUGUGCCAGUUCUUGAGGCUCUACACAAGAUCGAGGCAGGGGAAAGUGCUGUUGGUGUUGGUGUUUAGAAGUAAAGGUUACAUGCACACAUUCAAGAGAAUCAAGAGAAUCAAGAGAAUUAUGGGUGCCUAAUUAGAUGUUCGCUUUUGUAUUUUUAUGUCCACCCGACUUGACAAUUAAAGUUAUAU